AUGGUGGAAAAUGCAGUAAAAGAAUGGUUAUCAGAGUUUGCCACAUUGGAAAAAGACGACUGGGCAACAUUUGCCAUAACAACAUCGCAGAAUAAGACACUUAUAGAGUCAAUAUAUGCUGUACUUGAUGAUAUUCAUAAAUAUUCUAAGUUAAUUGAUCGUAUUUGUGGUGCACUUUUUAAUUGUUAUCGAACUGAAGAAACCGAUUUACAUUUAUUUGUACUACUGUUUAUACCACAUUUAACAUACAGUUAUCUUAAUUCUAUUGCUCAUGUUGACAAGCAAAGCUGUCGUAGUAUUGAAGCAUUACUAAUUGGAAUUUACAAUCUUGAAGCUGUAGAUGAAAAUAAUACACCUAGAUUUAUAUCAUUUCGUUUGCCAUCAUUAGCUCAGCCAUCCAUUUACCAUGAACCUAGUAGUUUGGCUCCAACUUCAUUAACAGAGACUGCCAUUCGUCGAUUAGAACAAAGAGACACACACCCAGUUCGCCGAGGUCCUUUUAAUCAAAUUGAAAGACUAUCUGCGUCUAAUAGAAUGGAAGUUCUUAGUAAUUUAUAUUUUAUUUACUACAAAAAUUUAAAUCUCCUGCCAGAAGUUUAUAAUCCAUUUGAUCGUUUUUAUAGAGUUACAUCUAAAAUGGUUACUCAGGGUUAUUUUCAUAAGCGUUCAACAUCAUUCAGUAAUUCUGAUAUAUCAACAUCAACAACAUUACCACGUAUCCCACUUUCUCCAAAAUUUUUAAUUCAUCUACUCUACUGCUUAUAUAUAUCAAUAUUUAAUUGUGGAAAAGCGGAAGCGUUUCAAGCUUUAGAAGAUAUUUAUUACCGUGCAUGUUACAGUUGUUAUUGUGAAGUGAUAUUAUUAGCAAAUGCAAUUAAAAAUUCUUGUCAGGGAUUUUUUGAAGGUGGACAAACACCUAACGUUUCAUCAGUUGGAACACCUGUAAGUAGUAAUACUUGUAGCACACCAGUAUCUAAAUCAAUGAUUACAAAUGCAUCAUUUAGAACUAAAAAGUUACCAGAUGACAUUCCAAUUCAAAAUACACAAGGAACUUUUGACGAAAGUGCUGAUGCUGCGGCAAAUUUAUCAUCAAUAACAGAAGAAACUAAUGAUUUAAAAGAUCUGAGUGCUGAAUCAGUACCGGUUAAAAGGAGUUUGCCAAAAAUUGCUGCUAAUUUCGGCAAAAAAACUGCUGAAAAAAUAGCUACUGCUGUUAAAAAUUCUGGAAAUAUAAAAAGUUCAAAGUUAAACACUCAAAAUGGCUCUGACAUUUACGAAACUGAUGAAAGUGGUAUUGAUCUAGCUGGGUCUGACAUAUCUGAUACUAAAACUGGUUUAGGACAUGAUGACAGAACUACUAUGACACCAUUAUUAAAUAGAAGAAAUCCCAGUAUGUCAGUUGAAUUAGAAUCUUCUAGAUCAAUUCAGAUUGAGAGUACAGCUUUAUGA